GUUUGCGGAAGUAAUCGCCAAUACUUACCCGCUGUACCUUCCCUGCUUCUUAUGUUGUAGCUGCAUUUUAGACUUCAUCAUGAAUUUACCGAAGGGCCCCGACUCUCUGUGCUUCGACAAGGACGUUUUCAUGAAGGAUGACUUUGACGUGGACCAGUUCGUGGCCGAGUGUCGGAAGCAGGUGCAGCUGGAGGAGAUGAGGGAGGACCUGGAGCUCUACUACAAGUUGCUGAAAACAGCCAUGGUGGAGCUAAUAAACAAGGACUAUGCUGACUUUGUCAACCUCUCCACCAAUCUAGUGGGGAUGGACAAAACCCUCAAUCAGCUUUCCGUGCCACUGGGACAGCUACGCGAGGAGGUCAUGAGCCUGCGGUCGUGCGUCAGCGAGGUGAUACAAGCCAUAGACGCGCAGCUAUCCAAACAGGAAGACCUGCAGAAGAAAAAGGUUUGCGUCCUGAGGCUGAUCCAGGUGGUGCGCUCGGUGGAGAAGAUUGAGAAAAUCCUCAACUCGCAAAACCCCAAAGAGUCCAACUCGUUAGAAAUCAACAGCCCCUUGUUAGCAGGUCAGAUCUUGGAGAGGAUCGCCACCGAGUUCAACCAGCUUCAGUUCCACGCCGUGCAGAGCAAAGGCAUGCCACUGCUGGACAAAGUCAGACCUCGCAUCGCCGGCAUCACUUCCAUGCUGCAGCGCUCCCUGGAGGGUCUGCUCAUCGAGGGUCUGCAGACAUCCAACGUGGACAUGGUGCGACACUGUCUCAGGACGUACGCCACCAUCGACAAGAUGCGAGACGCUGAGGCGCUGGUGGGACAAGUGCUGGUCAAACCCUUCAUGGAUCAGGUGAUUGUGGAGGAGGUGGUCAAGUCCAGUCCCAAUGGUCUCCAGGUGAUGUACUCAAGGCUGCUGGAGUUUGUUCCUCAUCACUGCAGACUCUUGAGAGAAGUGACCGGAGGAGCCAUAUCCAGCGACAAAGCCGACAUCAUUCCCGGCUACGACUUCCUGGUCAACUCGGUGUGGCCCGAGAUGGUGAAAGGCAUCGAGGAGAGGCUGUCUUACCUCUUCAACCCCGGAAACCCCGACAUAUUCUAUGAGCGUUACAGCGCAAGCACAGAGUUUGUACGCCGGUUCGAGCGCCAGUGCAGCUCGCAGGCCAGCGUGAGACGGCUCAGAGCGCACCCGUCAUACGUCGGCUUCCACAAUAAAUGGAACCUGCCCGUAUACUUUCAGCUAAGGUAUAAGGAAAUAGCAGGAAGCCUGGAGAACGCCAUCAGCGACGGAUUACAGGCGGCGCCAGCCGGCAGCGCGUACCACCUUCAGGCGUCGGUGUCGCUGUGGUCUUGCCUGACGCGCUGCUGGGCCGACAAAAUCUACCUGGCGCCGCUGGCUCAUCGCUUCUGGAAGCUCACGCUGCAGCUCUACUCGCGAUACGGAACCUUCCUGGACGAGGUGCUGACCAAGACCACUCUGCCCGAGGUGAGCAAAGAGCCCGCCAGGGCCCUCCCCAGCUCGGCGUCGUCCACCUCCAGCAGGACGUCCGUAGAGGAGACGGGCAGCGAGAGCGGAGGUCCGGCCUCGCUGUCCACCAAAAAGCUAGUCCACAUUGCAGCCGACGUCCAAAAACUACAAGAGCAAUUACCAGAAGUGUCAGAAAUGGCCAGACAGCGGUUGGAAGUCAUCGGGUUCACAAACCUUGUCAUUGUGGAAGAGGCAUUAGCGGACUCCAAAGCGUGCCUGUCCAGCAGCAUCCCCGCCCUCAGCACCCGCAUGACCGACCACCUGAGCGAACGCAGCUGCCGCUUCCUGAAGAGCGCGUCCGAGGUGCCGCGACUCUACCGCAGGACUAACAAGGGGGCGCCCGUGCGAGCGUCGGCGUACAUGGACAACGCCUUGCAGCCGUUGCAUCAAUUGCUGACCGACUCGACGGGCCUGGUGGACGCGGCUACGGCGCGACAGUGGCUGAGAGUGACUCUUUCGGAAUGCACGCAGAGGUACUAUGAGACCAUUUCUGAGGUUCUGAGCUCGGUGAGGAAGAUGGAGGAGAGUCUGAAGCGACUGAAGCAAGCCAGGAAGGGCGCCGCCGCCGCUGCUGGUGGCGGCGGCGGCAGCGCGGCCGGAACCAACGGCGCCCCGUCGGACGACACCAAGAUCCGCCUGCAACUGGCUCUAGAUGUGGAGUACCUGGGGGAACAGAUACAGAAGAUGGGCCUGGACCCGGCAGACAUCUCCAUGUUCUCCACACUGAUGGAGCUGGUGAAAGAAGCCAGAGAUCUCGCUGAGCACAACCCCUGACAAAAAUAAAACAAGAUAACUGCCGCGCAGGGUUUGGGAAUGGGUUCACAAUGAUGUUCGAUCAGGAAGAUCAAGGACAUUUUAAUAGAUAUUGUAAAGCCAAAGUGCACGCAGAAUGUGCAACUGUGAUUGGAUCGUGUAUAAUGUAUAUGUAUACAUGAAUACGCAUACGAAGUGGCUGGACGAGAUGAGCCGAAUCAUCGUGGGUGCUGUUCUACGCAAACGUGUGGACUGGUCAUAUUGUGUUCUGCAAGAAACUGACUAUUUAUACCGCGUAUUGAAAUGAGCUCGGCAGUGAAAUAAAUACUUACAAUUUGUGUCAUCGGGUCCUAGUACAAUGACUUAGUACAGUAUUACUGUAGUGCUUGUGCAACACUGCACUCAUUUCUGCUGUUUAGUUUAUGGAGAUUACGGUGGUUCUCAAACUUUUUACACCAAGUACUACCUGAAGGAAACAAAUACUCAGCUUUCCAAGUACCACCUUCACAACUGAAAUACAAUUAUGACGUGUUUAUCAAAAAAGACUACACUAAAAAGUGUUUUUGGUUACUGUAAUGUUAAUGCAGCUCUUUAAUAUAUAUAAAUAUAAAAAGACAAACUAAAGGAUUCAAUUCAAUGAAUAUCUAUUGUACAUAAGAGUUGAAAAUUGUACCUCAAUAAAUGAUU